AGAAAAGAAAAACGAGGGAAAGAGGUUAAGAUAGAGGGGCAGUUUAAGACAUCAGUUCUGAGAUCCAGGAACUGGCUUUAGGGAAAGGGGGUGGGGGGUAAAGGGGGCCGCCCCCUACUCUUUCUCCUUUCCCAUUCUCCCUCUUUCCGCCGGCGCCUCUCCCGGCAUCCCUCUCCCUUUCUCGCUUUCUUUCUCCCUAUGUCCUCGCCUUGGUCUCUCCGCUUCUUCCUUCUGCUUGAACAGAACUUGUGUUGGCUGGGAUGCGGGGGCCCUCGGGUGUCAAAACUUUGAAGAUUAAUGGAUUACUUUGUUAAUGACUGUAGGCGUCAGACGGAGGUGCUUAAAUGAUUUGUGAGGUGCGAGGCGUCUUCCCGACAGUCCCAAACAAUGCGCGGAGUGUGCGGGGGAGGCAGAGGGCCGCCAACAGCGGGACCGGCGGCAGGGCGCACCCUGGCGCACGCUCGCCCCCGCACGCACCCGUGGGGGCAGUGGCUUGGUCCUGGCUGAUGGCGUGGCGGCCAGGUUCCCUCCCCCCCACGACGGCCCCCCAUGCGCGCCCGGGCAUCCCCACCCACACCCGCAUCCCUGUGUUUUUGCCCGGAAAAAAGUGUCAAUAAAGGCUUGCUGGCCCCCAAUGAGGCGUUCCUUCCCGACUUUUUUGGAUCAAUCAAACAGACAGUGGCUUCUUUUGAUUAAAGCCCAAAUUGUCAUUGGGCAGAGGCAAUCAUGUGACAGCCAAUUCGGUCCAAUUUCAACCUUGUCUCCAUGAAUUCAAUAGUUUAAUAGUAGCGCGGUCCCCAUACGGCUGUAAUCAGUGAAUUAGAAAAAAAACACCCCAGCAGCGAUCUUCUAUGAUAGAUUUUUUUCCUCCUCCUCCUCCACCUCCUCCUCCUCCUCCUCCUCUGCGCUCGCCUUUUUCCUGGGCCUCGCCCCCCCAAAGCCCCUCCAAAAGAGAGAACUUUUUCUCCGAGGGGGCUCCAAGGAGAAGGCCAUGAAUUACGAAUUUGAGCGAGAGAUUGGUUUUAUCAAUAGCCAGCCGUCGCUCGCUGAGUGCCUGACAUCUUUUCCCCCUGUCGCUGAUACAUUUCAAAGUUCAUCAAUCAAGACCUCGACGCUUUCACACUCGACACUGAUUCCUCCUCCUUUUGAGCACACCAUUCCCAGCCUGAACCCGGGCAGUCACCCUCGCCACGGCGCCGGCGGCCGCGCCAAGCCGAGCCCCGCGGGCAGCCGAGGCAGCCCGGUUCCUAGCGGCGCCCUGCAGCCGCCCGAGUACCCCUGGAUGAAGGAGAAGAAGGCUGCUAAGAAAACCGCCCUGCCGCCCGCCGCCGCCGCCGCCGCCGCUGCAGCCACCGCCACCACCGGCCCUGCCUGCCUCGGCCACAAAGAGUCCCUGGAAAUCGCCGACGGCAGCGGCGGAGGCUCCAGGCGCCUGAGGACUGCCUACACCAACACGCAGCUGCUGGAGCUGGAGAAAGAAUUCCACUUCAACAAGUACCUCUGCAGGCCGCGCAGGGUGGAGAUCGCCGCGCUACUGGAUCUGACGGAGAGACAAGUCAAAGUGUGGUUCCAGAACCGCAGGAUGAAACACAAGCGGCAGACGCAGUGCAAGGAGAACCAGAACGGCGACGGGAAGUUUAAGAGCCUCGAGGACUCGGAGAAGGCGGAGGAGGACGAGGAGGAGAAGUCUCUCUUUGAGCAAGCCCUGGGCGUCUCGGGGGCCCUGCUGGAGAGGGAUGGCUACACUUGUCAGCAGAACGGCCUCUCCCAGCAGCAGGCGCCUAACGGACACAAUGGCGACUCCCAAAGUUUCCCAGUCUCGCCUUUAACCAGCAAUGAGAAAAAUCUGAAACAUUUUCAGCACCAGUCACCCACUGUUCCCAACUGCUUGUCAACAAUGGGCCAGAACUGUGGCGCGGGCCUCAACAAUGACAGCCCCGAGGCCCUGGACGCGCCCUCUUUGCAGGACUUCGCAGUCUUCGCUGCAGACUCCUGCCUGCAGCUCUCCGAGGCCGUCUCGCCCAGCCUGCCCGGCUCCCUCGACAGCCCCAUGGAUCUCUCGGCUGACAGCUUUGACUUUUUCACCGACACACUGACCACCAUCGACCUGCAGCAUCUGAAUUACUAAAACACAGUGGAGCCGAACAAAGCACCAC